AUCCACUAGACUCUGUGCUCUGGAAUCGUUCACAUCAUACCUCGAACUGGUGCUCUUCUUGAACGUGUGAUGGACGUAUAAAUCAAAUGGGAAACGCACAGUCAUUGACGCGUACCAGUGGUGCGCUAGAUUCGUUUGUGGCUGAACUCGGCGGAGAUGUGGUCUAUGAGAGAAGUUUGGGCUCUGCUCGGUUCUUGAAGACGGUGAAGUGUCGCCAUAAGAAUGGGUAUCUUGUGGUCAAGAUAUUCAUCAAGCCAGAUCCGGGCUUGAGUCUGAGGAAGUACCACAGGAGGCUCAAGAUCGAGCGCGAGGCUCUGGCGGAUAUACCCAACGUGUAUGGAUACCAGACCUUCGUGGAGACGGACAAGGCGGGAUAUGUUAUUCGGCAAUGGGCUGCGAGCAAUCUCUAUGACCGUAUCAGCACACGGCCCUUCCUGAGUGCCGUUGAGAAGAAGUGGAUCGCGUUUCAGAUACUCAACGCGUUACGCGACGCCCGCAACCGCAAGGUGUCCCAUGGCGACAUCAAGUCGGAGAACAUCCUGGUUACCUCAUGGAACUGGGUGUAUGUCUCGGACUUCGCAUCGUACAAGCCUACUUUCCUCCCUCUAGACGACCCCUCCGACUUCUCGUUCUUCUUCGACACAUCUGGGCGCCGUUCGUGCUACAUCGCUCCUGAACGGUUCUACACUGCCAAUGACAACCCGGACAUCAGUGCGAAGAAGUCACGAUUGGCUGUAGACGAUACUGAGGGACGAAGAGAUGGCAAGGUCACGGAGGCGAUGGACUGCUUCAGCGUUGGCUGUGUGAUCGCGGAGCUUUUCUUAGAAGGAAGGCCACUCUUCACGCUCAGCGAGCUGUUCAAGUACCGAGAAGGCGAGUUGAAGCUGGAGACGCAGCUCGGUGCAAUCGAAGAGGAAGGUGUCCGGGACCUCAUCAAACAAAUGGUCGGCAUUGAUCCUGCCACUCGACCUACAUUCGAUACGCUCCUCCACACCUCUCGCGGAGCGGUCUUCCCCGAAUGUUUCUACUCGUUCUUACACAACUAUGUCCAUUCUGUGAACGAGGUGAAUGCCCCAACGCUGUUCUCAACCGCCCAGGCACCUCCGGCUACUCCUAGCAGUGCAGUCCCUGCAGCGCAAAGAACGACAGGUCAUCUUGCGGCGUCCGUUGCGGCCCUCAACGGAGAAUCAACCAAUGACCCUCUUCCAAGCGAUUCUGAUCAUCGCAUGGAACGGAUAUGGGCAGAUUACGAGAGCGUUGAGCCCUAUCUCGUGAGCGACUCAACAGGAGAGACCGUUAUGGACGUCAAGGUCGACUACACACCUCAAAUUACCUCCUCGCGCCCUUUCCAUGACGUUCUUCCAGUCGAACUCAAUAUUCCAAAUCGCGAGAGCAAGCUUCACAGCGCGUGGUCUUCACGCAAACGUGCUGCAGCGGAAGACGGCCCUGCUCUCAUCAUCUUGUCGCUCAUAUGCGCCAACGUCCGCAACUGCUACCUCCCAAGUUCAAAGAUCCGUGCACUAGACGUAUUCUUAGCGCUCUCCGCCCAUCUCACCGACGAGGCGAAGCUCGACCGCAUGGUCCCGUACAUCGUCGACUUAUUACACGAUGACGCGGGACUCGUGCGCGCCUCCGCACUGCGCACACUCAUGCAGGUCCUCAUGCUCGUGACAGUCAUCACUCCCUCAAACGCUGCCAUAUUCCCGGAGUACAUCAUCCCUGCCAUUGGACACCUCGUCCGCGACCCAGAGGUUUUAGUGCGGUGCAUGUAUGCGCAGAUCAUUGUGCCUCUCGCCGAUACGGCGGUGCGGUAUCUGGAAAUGGGUCAAGCGCUCAAGGCACAUGGCACGUACAAGCUGUCUCCGGAUACGCAAGAGUACGAUGAGGCGCAUUUCGAGGUUUCUUACGACGCCAGCAUGAACGAUCUACAGAAUAGUAUUCAGGAACACCUUUCGACGCUGCUCGUGGACCCUUCUAGUGUUGUUAAGCGCGCGGUCCUCCACAACAUCUCGUCCUUGUGUAUCUUCCUCGGACGCCAGAAGACAAACGACGUGCUUCUGAGCCAUAUGAUCACAUAUCUCAACGACCGCGACUGGCUGUUACGAUAUGCCUUCUUCGACAGCAUUGUCGACGUUGCCGCGUGUGCGGGCGGGCGCAGCCUCGAAGAGUACAUUCUGCCACUCAUGAUACAAGCUCUGUCCGAUGUCGAGGAGACGGUUGUGGCGAAGGUGCUCGCCUCGCUGACCAACCUCUGCGAAUUGGGACUGUUCCAGAAAAUGCGCAUCUGGGAACUAAUGAGCGCGACGCUUGGAUUCCUGUACCAUCCCAACAUCUGGAUACGACAAGGCGCUGCGGCAUUCAUCGCCUCAGCUGCGAAACACCUGCCGCCGAGUGAUGUGUGGUGUAUCCUGUAUCCAUCACUCAAGCACUUCUUGCGGUCGGAUGUGCGGGACGUGGACGAGAAGAGUCUUCUUCUGGCAAUGAAGUACCCGCUAUCGCGGCAGGUCUUCGAUGCUGCGGUGCAGUGGGCGAUGAAGGCGGACAAGACAUCGUUCUGGCGUUCGCACCGGCCCGCGAAGAGUGAAUCACCUCGCGAGAGCAUGGCCACAGUGCGACAAACUGGGAAUGCGGCGUCUCGCGCACGGUCCGAAGAGGACGAAGCACAAUUGGCGAAGCUGCAACAGCUGGGCAUGUCCUCCGUGGAAGAGGCCAAGCUAAUGGCGAUGCGGGACUACGUCCUAAAGCUCGCGCGGGCAAUAUCAAGCUUUGCAUCUCGCGUCAGCGUGGAGGUUGAAACUGAUGCGCUUAAGUCGACCAGCACAAUCGAGCUCGUGAAGCUCGGAGUUGUGCCACAAACGGUCUUCCUGCGCGCCCCAGAAGCAGAAGGGCGCUCCUCUCGACUGUCCUCGCAGAGACCCGCAUCCGACUUCUUCGUCAGGUCGCCGGGAACACCUCGAACUACCCGAACACUAAGCAUCGACCACGGCCCGGGUUCUGCUGGUGCACCGUUUGAGGAUCUUCGAAGACGGCUUGCCAUCAUCAAUGGCUCAGGCAGCUCACUCGCGGUGCCAGGAUCGCGUGAACCUCGUAGCCCCCUCCCGCACCCACUCUCCAUCGAUACUAAUGCUCUUCCGGCGCCAACUUCACCAGAGAUUCCUUCUGGGUUAGAUCGCCCUGGCAGUCCGGCGGAGUCUACGGUGUCCACCACGACCUCUGCCUUCCGUGCGAUGCAACGCUUCCCAAUCAGUGGAGAUGGCCCGAAGGCAGCACCUGCCAUUGGUUCUUCGAAGGCGAGCGCGACGGGGUUGCUGGAAGCCCAUACGCAAAUUCGCUCCGAUUCGCCUUCGCCAUCUGGACGAUCAUCACCGGUUUCCAUAGCUGGUACGGUGCGCGUGCAAGAUCAACCCCGAGUGCCCUCGAUAGCGCCCAUUUCAACAUAUGAUGGACAGGAGGCUGGCAUCAGUAACCUCCUCGAGCACUUAUAUCUGGACAACAAUCGGGAUCUCCAGAACGACUUUGGCCCCAAAGUGCACGAAGGACCAGUGCGCCGUCGGAAUGCUGCCCGGCAUGCAAGCUUCAUGGCUCGAGAUGGAGCGUCGCGCCGUCUUGAAGCCUCCCUCAUAUCGCACUUCAGCUCGCAUUCGGACGUUGUGACGGGCCUAGCCGUGUCUCCCGACCACAUGUUCUUCGUGUCCGCGUCAGACGACAAGACUGUCAAGGUGUGGGACACCGCACGCCUAGAGCGGAACGUCACGAGCAAGCCUCGGCACACCUACAACCAGCACCACGCACGAGUCAAGAGCGUGUGUAUGCUUGAAGGGGUGCACUGCUUCGCGAGCGCCGCUGAGGACGGGAGUCUGCACAUCGUACGCGUGCACGCAAGCCAAAGCGGACAACUGCCGAAGUACCACAAGCUUCAAGUGGUCCGCGAGCAUCGGGUAGACACCCCAGGCGAAUACAUCACCAGCAUGACGCACUUCUCGACAGAUACUUCGUCGAACCUCGUCUACGCGACCACGCAUUCAGUCAUUACUAUCAUGGACCUUAUGACGAUGCGCACUGUGCAACGCAUGGAGAACCCGCGACAUCAUGGACCAAUCACAUGCAUCUGCUUGGAUCGUAAGCGAGCGUGGGUGAUCUGCGGGACGUCUACCGGUGUCCUUUCACUCUGGGACAUCCGGUUUGGUGUCCUCAUCAAGAGCUGGAAAGUUGGCCUCGGAUCUAAGGGGCGAAGCGGCCGCGUACACCAGUGUCUUGUUCACCCCACCAAAGGCAAGGGCAAGUGGGUCGUUGUUGCAACAGAGACGCCGCAAUCGGCUUCGGAAGGUCCCUCGCACACCGUUCUCGAGGUAUGGGAUAUCGAGAAGACCACCCUGGUCGAGACGUUCGCGGUCCGGACCACUCUCAAUCCAUCGGAAGCAGUGGAGGAGCCAAAAGAGGUCAGCGUCGAGGAGGCGGAAGUGAGCCCGGCGGCUGCUAUCGCUGCGCUCGUACGAGCGCGACAGGAAGGAGGAUCUUCAGGUUCAAGCGCACAACGCGGGGGUGUUGUCGGACAUGACGCUACCCGCGGUGACACCCCGCUCUCACCAUCACCCGAUGUUCGCGCGGUUGUGGCAGGAACCGAGUUUGGUGGGCAUACUGUUGUACACCGAUCGCACAUGGCGGAGGCAGAUAGCAAGUCUGCGAGUCGUUCAUCCGGUCGCGGUUUCCUCAUCACGGGUUCGGAGGACUGCAAGCUGCGGUUCUGGGACCUCGGUCGCCCAGAACGAUCUAUCGUGCUCAGCGGGCUCGAGGCAGACGGUGACAAGCCUACUUACAGUAUCUCCCGUGCGGCCACAGGCACGGCUUCCUCAUAUGUCGAGACAUGGGCAUCGUCGCCGUCAUCCCAGGGCAACCGGCCUCCCCAACGGCUAUCCUUGAUCAACCACAAUCAACAGAACCUGCUGAAGGGCCAUCAAGAUACCAUCACUGCUGUAGCUUGCAUCGACUCGCCCUUCCGUGGUGGUCUCGUCACCGCCGAUCGAGCAGGUGUCGUCAAGGUUUGGAGGGUAGAAGCGCUUGACACAGCGUGAUACAAGUUCGGAGAAUCUUGGAUCGGUAUAAUAUGUAGUAUAUUCUCGCUUACUGUGCUUUGGACCACCGUAUUCAC